UGUAGGUGAAGAUAGUUUGAAGUCAAGAGGACAAGACCAUCUUUCUUAGGUAGUUUUUCAGUAAAGCUUUUUCUGGGUUUCUCAGUAAAACUUUUUCCUGGGUUUCUCAGUAAAGCUUCCUCUGUGAGUGUGUGUGUGAGAAAUGGAAAAGCUGAGUUUGGAUCAUUUGCCACCUGGGGUCAGAUUUAGUCCGAAGGACCCGGAGGGCAUCGAACUCUACCUGAAGAAGAAGAUCAUAGGGAAUGAUAAAGACACUUGGUUUAUUCCCGAAAUUAAGUUCUAUGAAGAUGAGCCCUGGGACUUACCAAUUAAAAGUGGGAUUGCUACGGAGGACCAAGAGUGGUUCUUCUUCACUGAACAGAGCCUGAAGCAUCAGAACGAUAAUCCAAAAAAGAGAAAAAGGGGUCAGAAACAGGAACUGGUGAACAGGCAAACCAAGGCUGGGUUCUGGAAAUCAACUGGUCCAGAUCGGGAAAUCAAGUCUGGAGGGAUUGUGGUUGGAAUGAAGAAGACUCUGGUCUUCCAUAUAGGGAGUAAUAAGAGAGAAGAGAAGGCAAUAAGGACUAAUUGGGUAAUGCAUGAGUACAGAACAACCCAGAAGGACUUUGAUGGAAAACUCCCCGGUCAGAAGGCUUUUGUACUUUGUCGCUUAUUCAAUAAUGAAGAAAAGAGUAACAAAGGUGGACCUGCAAAAUCUAAGCCAGCACUGUCUGAUGUUACAGAACUUGUUCAGUGUAACAAUGACAACGACUAUGAUAAAGCAUAUGUUGCAGAAAAUCAAGCAGCAAAAGUUGAUUUAAGUGAGGAGGACAUAGAACUUCUCAUGGGUGCAUUCUAUGUCCCUCCAGAGGACUCUCCAUCCAGUUUACCCCUCACCACUCCUGAUGUUUCAACUCCGAUCACUGUCAAAACUUCUCAUAAAGAAACCCAAUCUGAACCAACAUUGGCUCCAGCAUCUCAAGAAUUGCCGGAGCAAGCUGAAUACCAUCCAAUUAAUUGCAUGACAAGAUUUGACAAUGCAGCACCCCUUGCAUGUAAUGAUGAUUAUAAUGCAUAUGCUGCAGAAAAUCAAGUGGCAGAAGUAAAUACUACAGAAGUUGACCUCGAUCUGGAUAUGGACAAAGCCUUCGAAAUGUUCUAUAUCCCUCCAACAGGGCCAUUAGAUUGCAACCUUUUCUCCCCAUCAACUUUAACCCCCGUUACUGCUGUUUCAUAUCCUACCACAGCUGAAGCUUCUCUUGAAGCGCAGUCUAUGCUAGCCCCAGUUUCAGUGUCUCCAGAAUUAGGCAGUGAAGCUGACAAUUAUCGCACAAGUUUUCGAUGUCUUCCUGAAGAAAAAUAUGAUGGAAUAACAACUAAGACUAUAGUGCCCAUUGAGUACAAUGAUUAUAACACUUAUGUUGCAAAAAAUCAAGUGGCAGAAGUGACAUCUGAUGUGGUGGAGGCAGGCUCAAAUAUGUUCCCUGACACACCACACAUGCAAGCAGAGUUAGGUUCUUCUUGCAUCUCUUACCCUUUUACCAAUGACUUAAACAAUGGUUAUUGGAGGGUGCAUCACCAAUCUGGCAUGAAUGUGCCAGCUCCCAAUUUCUCCGAGUCUGGGGAUUUAACUCUUAUUAAUCCAGAUGAGUGCUUUCGUAAAAUGUCUAGCAGUCAAAAUAAUCUUGCUUUUGAUGAUGGGACCCUGAAAAACAUGGUCUCUGAUAAGGACAAUGGGUCAUGCAGUGGGUCAGAUGCCAAUGUGCUGCCGUUCACGCUUGAGGAUCUAGAAUUGGAGUUGCUUGAUGAGAUCUUCAAUCCAGAGGUUUCAUCAGGGUUGUUAAAAUCAGGAUCAUACUUAGGAUCUCUAGGAGGGUCUGCGGGAUCAGAUCAUAGGAUCUGAUUGAAGAUACACUUACCAAUAUUAGUAAGUGUAAAAAUUAAAAGAAUUAUUAGCCUUUCUUGGAAAGAAUUUAUCCAAGAAAAAAGAAAGAAAGAAAGUUGUUCUCAGAAAAGAGUAAAAGAAUUUUUAUUACUCUGACAACAAAUUGGACCUCUUCCUUUUCCCACUUACAUACAUUUACAAACAUUCCCCAAAGUCUCCUCAAACCGAUUCACUCUUUUUCACCACAAAAGAGAAUUUUAGUAUAUUCCAACCAUCUUUCCCUCUACUCUCCCCUCUGCCCCUUCCAUUUCCCUCCAGUCCAAACAUAGUGCUAUUUGUCUUUUACAAACCACAGACCCAUGGUAUUUUACAUUCAAAAGCCUACGGCCUCCUUCAACAACUCAAAUUGACUACCACCCCAUUUCCCUCUACUCUCCUCUGCCUCACCCCACCCCCCAAAAAAGUUUAAAAAAGACUACCAGAUUGGGCUUAUUUCAGCUCCAAGUUGAAUUUAAAGGUUUCUCUUGGAAAACCCAAUCUAGGUCAGGAUUUUAAUUAAUCCUGUUCUUAAUAGACUUCUAGUUCUGGUUGAAGUCAUUGAUGUUUAAGAUUUGUAGAAUUGUGAGAUUGAAGAUCCUUGAUUGAGAUUUUAACAACCCCUGGACUCUGUUACAGAGUGAAACAAGUACAAUCGAUUACUGUACCGUACCGUCACUUCUCGUGUAUAAUGUUGGGGAGCACUGGACAGCUUUGGUGUUCUUACGAGAGAACCUUACAAGUACAAUGCGUCCUCGUUUGCCGGUGCUGUGAACAAAUUAUAUAUGUAUAUAAUGAAUUAAGCUAUCGUUUGGAAUUAGUAUGAGGAUUUGGCAACUACGAAAAUGGAAGCAAGGCUUCAUUGUUGUUAAAUCUGUAUGCAGUGUGAUUUAUGUUUAAGCUGUACUGAUAAUUGUCUACUUCUGUAAACAUGUAAUGAUAUGUACUCUUAAGUCAACCGAUGAUUUUCGUUGGUGUUAUCAUCUUUAAACUUUGUGA